AUGCCCAUCGGCCCCGGCGCCCCGCCCCCGCUGGGGCCGUGGCGCUCCACCGAGGCGCGCGAGGUGCGUCGCCGCUGGGAUGACCGGCGUGGCGCGAACAAGGUGGCCGGGUGCGAGGCGGGCGUCGACUCGCGGCUCGAGCUGAGGCGCUUCAUGCGCCUCAUGGCCGCGCUGCUGGGCGCUGCCCUGGACGCCGAGCAGGCGCCCACCGGCAAGCUGGCCCGCACGCUGUCGCCUGUGCUGCAAAGCCUGGAGGGCAGCGGCGGCUUGCAUGGCGACGCAGGCUUCCUCGGCGCUGGCCCCCCCUACCGCGGCGGCGUCGCCGCCCACGGGGCGCCCCUCGGCGUUGCCGAGCUGCUGGUGCAUCCGCCGUUCACGGAGGUCGCGUCCAGCUGA